AUGGGGGUUGGGGGGAGUGUAGGAUCAGUUGAGUACCACGUUGACUGGGCAACAGCGUCUAUACAUUGCAAAACAAAAUAUGACUCGCAACUGAUUCCACAAAGCUAUAUUGUGGACCAAAAUCUUCAUAGUGAUGUCAUAAGUGGAAUUGGGGUAAACGUGUCAGCUUGGGUUGAUGGGAAAAUUCAGAUGAUUGGAUGCGAUCAGGAGAAAUGUCUAUUGAUGAAAAGAUUGCUUGAGAAGAAAGACAGAAAAAUGCCAUAUAUUUGUGUUACUUCUAAACACACCGAAGUAAAUUUGAAAGAUGUAUCAUUCUCGACUUCUGCGGACUUGUGUAAUUUCAAGAAAGUCACAAUUGAAGACAGCUUGCAAAGAAAUGGAUUGCUUUCUAGUCUUACUGAGCUCUCUGAAAUGCUUACAACAUCAAAAACAUUUUGGCUUCCAAAUGUUGAACUGAGCAACAAUACAGAUACAAACUGCACCUAUGUCGCUGCUCAAUCAAACAACUUCCUUGAAACAAUGUCUGGCAACUGCAGCAUUCGAAAAAUGGGCGUGUGUAUCAACUCUACAUAUUUAAUAGAUUACGAAAUGUCAGUUAUAUUGGAAAUAAACAUGAAACAAAUGCCUUUUUUAAAAUCGGAUGGCAUCUGGACAACUGAAGAUAUUUCAAAAAUAAAAGAGGAAGAAGGAAAAGAAUCUACAAUCACAGUUCACACUCAACAGGAAAAACUCAUUCGUGCAAGGAACAUGAAUGAUUCAGCUGUGCAAAUUCAAGAUUUGCCAAGAGAGAGUAAUAACUUGCAAAAUACUGUUUUAGUGACGAAUAGACAAAUUCAAGAUAUCGAUGCGUCUAAGUUUAGUGCCAUGAAGGAUACGAAGAACUUUUCCGUUUUAGUCUCCUUUACCCUAAGCAGUUUAAGUUUGGUCCUGGUUAUAUCGUUCAUCUGCAUCGUAAUGGUCUUUUGGAAAAGGAUGUCGCGGAAGCUGGACAUCCUUAUGAAAGAUCAUUACAACAUUUCAGAUGAUCAAACUGCCACAGAAAGCACACAAAAACGCAAAACAAAAUUUAAGAAAAAGGUAUAUGAGACCCUCCCAGAGGUGGCGCACGGUCACUCUACCCGUGUCAAAGGUAUGUCCAGAGAAGAAGAAAAUCCAUACUCUGAAAUUGCUGGAAGAUGUUCUUGCCGUAGCCAUAUUAAGUCAGGAUCAUUUGGACACGCAGAAGUAGAAGUGUAGGGCCAGGAAAAGGAAGAUGUCAAUACUUUUAGCAAAAAGAAUAUAUUCAUAUUUAAGGUCUAAUAGUUCGAUUAAUCCACUCUAAACUGCAUGCUUUUACCUAUUGUUUGCCCUUAGUUAAAGUAAGCAUGGUCACUUCACGGAGCAAAAAACUAAGCAAAAAUGGUCUCUGUCAAGAAGAAGAAGAAGGUGACGAUUUAGGUGAAAAAAAAAUGAGCUUUAUCAACAAAGUCACGGAAGUACAUGUGUAAAGAUAUAGUUUUGAUAUAUGGAAAGGUUACUCUUUCAGGUAGUUAGUGUUCAGAAAUUCAAAUCACAAAAAGAAAAGUUAAA